AUGAUGAUGCAAAAUAUUUUAGGAACUGAAGUAAAUGAGUUUGUUACUAAUAGGCAAAAUUCAAAGAUUUAAUUUCUUCAGGCUGAAAAUGCUUAACUAUAAGAAGAUAUUAAAGAUUUAGAAUAGGCUCUCAAGUUAAACAAAGAAGCUUUGAAAUUGGCUUAUGAGCAAUAGCGUAAAUAAUACUCAAUAAAUAACUCUAAUUCCACAACACUUGGAUAAAGUAAUACUGUAGAUUAAGAAAACACCAAUAAGCUAUUUGACAAACUAUAUUAAGAAAAUAAAUAAUUAUUUUAGUCUCUGCAGCGUGUUACAAGAGAAAGGAAUUAAGCUUAGUCAAAAGUAUUAAUCUAAGAAUAAGUCAAUGAAGAGGCCGUAUCGUUUUAAAAAGAUGUUAUUUAGGAAUUAGAAGAAAAGAUUUUAGAGUUAAGGAGAAUAAUUCAUGAUAAGGAGUAUGCUAUACAAGAGUUAGAAAAGAUGAAGCCUCAAUAAGAAAGAGACGUAGCAAUAAAGAUAAGAGAAAUAAUAACACCUAAUGAGUAAUCAAUAAAAUUGCAUAAUGAAAUUGAAAAUCAUAAGCUUCUGAUCAAAAAGCUGAGUUUUGAUAACUAAAAACUAAAAGAAAGGAAUGAAAAGCUAAAACAAUUUAAUAGAGUUAUUAAAAGAGAUGUGAUAAAAAUCAAAGUUGCUCUUAAGAACCAAAUUAAUUUUCACAAAAUGAAAGAGUUUAUACAUAACGAUAAGCUUGAACAUGGAGACGAAGAUUUGCUUAUUAAUAAGGAAUUCAUCAAAGAGUUUUAUGAAGAAAAAGAAGAAUGGAAUGAAUAGCAUAAUCAAAACAUGUACAAUAAAAACUUCUACUAAAAUCCCAACAUCAAAUCUAAAGCUCAACUUAUCGAUGACAUACAAAAACUCUAAAUGACAGUCAGAAAUUUUAAAAUACUAUUUCAUCGCGAAUUGUAAAAUAACUAAAUUCUUCUAAAGCAAAUUGAUCAAUUGCAAUAAUUUAAUGCUUAAGCAUGCGAGACAAAUUAGACUCUGAUUGAAAGUCAAAAACCUUAUUUGGAUAAAGUGGAUAAAUUGAAGUAGGAAAUAGAUUAUUAUAAGCAGUAUUAUUAAAAAUACAUGGACCUUAUUAGAAAUAGGAGAAAAAAUAACUCUUCUGCAUCUUUAGAUAAACCCCUUACUCAGCCUCCUCAAUAAUAAAUCAAUAGACAUGGCCACUCUCCAAGUAUGCCUAUGAAUUGCCUUCCAAUUGUAAGCUCUCCAAGAAAUAUAAUUACAGAAGCACUUGAACAUGAAGAAAUAACUGCAAGACCAGGAGAAAAAUCAGAUAGAAGAGAUGUUUUAUCUCAAUCAAAUAAUUAUUUAUAGCCUCUGGUUUCCCCCUCAUACGCCUAGUAAUAACAGCAGAGAGUAUUACUCUUUAUGCAAACUUAAAAAAAUCCAAGUGCCUAAGAUUAAAACUCAAAUAAUAACAAUAAUAUUUCAAAUAAUAUGCAGUAACCUGAUUAUGAUUUGGGUUAUGCUUAUCCAUCAACAGCUCGUCCAUUUACUUAUAACAAUAAUAAUAUUAGUAACAGUAAUAAUUUGGUAUCGUGCAAUAAUAUUAAUAACAAUAACAACAAUAUUUUGCAAGACUUGUAUGAUAAUGAGUCUAAAAACGACCUUGAUGAUGAUAACAAUGAUUAGAUGAAUCUUAAGUAGUGCAAAAAUUAUCUUCUUAACUUAGCUAAAGAUUUUUACGAAAACAGCAACAUCAAAUAGAAUCAAAAACAAAUAGGAAUAACUAAAUAUGUUAAAGAUAAACUUCAAGGAGGUUAAACCUAUAAAGUCGGAGCUCAUAACUUAACAAGGGCAAAGAGAAGCUUAAGUGACCCACUAGACUACAUAUUUUAGGAAGAUCCAAACACUAAAAAGCUAAAAGAGUAAGAAGAAAAAAAGAUGGAAGAAGAGAGAAGAAGAAAUAAUGACCCAAAUAGACUUUUUUCUGUAGAUAUGUCUAUGAUAAGUGGAGUUAAUAAUUAGAAGUUCUUUAAAAGUAAUAUCGGUAAAAAAUCUCAAAUUGUAAUUGAUGCAAACGCGUCAUUUAUUUCUGAAGGGGAUGUCAAUUUUUGA